UCCUCCUCUUGGCGUAGGGACAGGACACCCGAAUAUCGGCUGGGUAGAUAUGAUUGCUCGGACUCCCGUAACCGAGAUAGGACGCCCAAAUAUCCGCAGGGUAGAUAUGAGCAUGCCGACACACAUUGCAGACAAAACAUUCCAUACCGCAGGGCAUACAAAGUACAUGGAUACUGAGCAGUUACUUCCUUCACCGUAUGCCAUUCAUAUGCUGGAGUUAUGUCAACAGUCACAGAGUCAUCUAGAAUCUCAUCGACGAUGGAAUUUAACCAAUACUCAAUCUCAUCAGUGGAAUCUACUUGGAGUCAUCAAUAUUAAGGCAUGUGAACUUCAUCUAUCAAUCUUCAGAUGUUCAACCAAUGGAACCAUUGUUUUCUGAUGUACUUCAACCACGAACUGAUCACCUUGCCUGAGGAUAUUCUUUAAUUGAGCGUUUUAUUAUUAUAUGAACUCUGUUUUAAAUCAUAUUUUA